UCCACCACUGGAGCGUCUCCUGCUCGCGAACGGCAGAAGCAGCUCAGGGUCUCUCCGCCGCCCCUUGGCCAUGGCCGCGCUGCCGACCGCGCCCGCUCCCCUGCGCGCCCGGGGCCCCCGCCGCUGCCGCCGCAGCCGCCGCGCCCUCUGAGCCCGGGGGGCCGCCGCCCGGAUCCCGCCCGCCAGCCGCGCCGCGCACCAUGCUACCUGCGGCCGCCCGGGCGAGGCCGCUCGCUGCUCGUGGAACCCUCGCUCGCGGCGUUGACAGCCACCCUCGCGGAGCCGCCGCAGUUCAGGGCUCGGACAAUCUGAAAGUACAGUAGUUGGUCCCUGUCCUCCAGACCUCUUCGCUUGCCAUCCAGCACGCCUGUCGGAUCGAAGUGGAGAAGUUGUCCGCUGCUUCGGUCCUCACUCUUUUGCUCUCUAACACCUACGUAUAUUUCUAAAACACUCAAUAUAAUUAACAAUCAAAAGAAAAAGGAGAAAAGGAAGGGAAACAUUACUGGGUUACUAUGCACUUGCGACUGAUUUCUUGGUUUUUUAUCAUUUUGAACUUUAUGGAAUACAUCGGCAGCCAAAACGCCUCUCAGGGAAGGCGCCAGCGAAGAAUGCAUCCUAACGUCAGUCAAGGCUGCCAAGGAGGCUGUGCAACGUGUUCAGAUUACAAUGGAUGUUUGUCAUGUAAGCCCAAACUAUUUUUUGUUCUGGAAAGAAUUGGCAUGAAGCAGAUUGGAGUGUGUCUCUCUUCAUGUCCAAGUGGAUAUUAUGGAAUUCGAUAUCCAGAUAUAAAUAAGUGUACAAAAUGCAAAGCUGACUGUGAUACCUGUUUCAACAAAAAUUUCUGCACAAAGUGUAAAAAUGGAUUUUACUUACACCUCGGGAAGUGCCUUGACAAUUGCCCAGAAGGGUUGGAAGCCAACAACCAUACCAUGGAGUGCGUCAGCAUUGCGCACUGCGAGGCCAGUGAGUGGGGCCCGUGGAGUCCAUGCACAAAGAAAGGAAAAACAUGUGGCUUCAAAAGAGGAACUGAAACCCGGGUCCGAGAAAUAACACAGCAUCCAUCAACAAAGGGUAACCUGUGUCCCCCUACCAGUGAGACAAGAAAGUGUACAGUGCAAAGAAAGAAGUGUCAGAAGGGAGAACGAGUUGUUUCCUCCAUGGAAGUCAUGAAUCCCUUAAAGUCAUCCAUGAGGAUUGGAAUCUACCUCUUCCAAACUCCCAUUAAUGUUGAUAUUUUGACCUCUUCCCAUGAAUUACAAAUGUUCUUACUGGCAUCUAGAAUGGAAAAAAAGGAAGGGAGAGAAAAAGGAAAAAAAUUAAUAAAGAAGAAAAUAAGGACGCAAUACCUGAUAGCAAAGGUCUGGAACCUAGCAGAGAAACUCCAGAACAACAAGAAAACAAAGACAAACAGCAGCAGAAGAAGCGGAAGGUCCAAGAUAAACAACAGAAAUCGGUAUCAGUCAGCACUGUACACUAGAGGGUCCCAUGAGAUUUUUAUAGACUCAUGAUGCUGCUAUCUCAACCAGAUGCCCAGGACAGGUGCUCUAGCCAUUAGGACCACAAAUGGACAACGCAUCAGCUACUGCUCAGUCUAAACAACAUUCCGAAUAGUUGCUAUAUUCUUCAUACAAGCAUAGUUAACAACAAAGAGCCAAAAGUUCAAAGAAGGGAUGCUUUCAAAUGGCUAUCUUACAUGCUUCUGUGCAUUUUUAAGAGACAAUAGAUUUUGUACAUAACUUUCAAUAGGCAGGAAGAUAUAACAGCAUAAGGAUGACAUCUGGAGAAGCAACAUCAUUUCCCUAUAAAAAGGUUUUUUCAAGCUAUCACUUUAAGAAGCAAAAGAUAGUUUUGCAAAUUCAAAGAUGUAGUGUCCCUUCAAAACAAAGGAGAGAUGUGGGGAGAGAAAUGUCUUUCAAAGGACAGUGUUUUUUGUCCACAAGAUCUAGAAAGUGCUCAGAUGUUAGGGCCCGGCAUUUGGAAUCCUAGGAAUUACCGCCACAGAAACAACUGUUUUAAGAUUGGUUCUUUUGCCCUCAUCCUGUCCUUCAGCAAGAAGCAUGAGAGUUACAUACACCAGAUGGGAUUGGAGAAAAGCAAAAUGUGGAAGAAAGCAUAGAGCUGGAGAUAAUUUUUGUGCUGUACAAAAACUGUGAAGGGUUGUGAUUACCUGGAACAGGUCUCCAAUCUAUAUCAGCACUGUGAGGUCCAGCCUCUACUACCUUGGGUUAUAUAAGUCUGUAAACAUGUACCUGUAACUUACUUCCAGAAACAAAAGCAUACUUAUUAGAAGAAAACUUUAAUGUCAUAGAAAACAAAAACUAGAGCAAGGAGAAAAUAACAUGUUUGCAAAGCAAAGAGUUUUCUUUCUCAACUGAGGGAAAAACAAUUUUGUUACCUGCUUAAUGGUCCAUCUGGAACUAAAAGGGAUACUACUUUCUAAUAAGGUGUAUCUAGUAGGGGGGAAAGCCACCACAAUAAAUAUAUUUGUUGAUAGUUUUUAAAA